AAAGAAGCUUAGAGUCCGUCGAAAACAAGUUGUCAUCUUUGUAGUGUUGAACGACGAACUAAUUUUAAUAGCUUUAAUAAUAGCUUUUAAUCAACAGACUGUCUUUUAAAGGGGCUAUAUAUCAAAUGUGUAAUUGACGUAUUGGUCAUUUAUUGUUACCACAUGUUCCGUAACGCUAAACCCCAAGAAGAUGAAAACUGACACGGAUCCCUAACUGGGGUUAUGACGGCGCGCAAAGCACAUUGGCGCAGAAGUUUGUUUUGUAACUUCUGUGUCUUUGACCUGAGGUAGUAAUAUCGUCGUCUCUGGGUUCGUCUGCCAAUAAACAUGAUGCGUAAAAAGCGACGAACCUGUCUGGAUAAAGGAGAGGCAGCUGCUACAACCAGUAAGGCAAAGAAGAGUCGCAGCAAUGGUCGCCAAACAAAGGAACCUGCCCCAGAAGACACAAAUGAAAGUGUAUUUAGCGUCUUUCUUCGAGAGGCAGGUGUCACCUUGAAACAAGGUGGCACAUCCAAUGAGAUUGCUGUCGACCAAGUAGUUUUCCAAAAAAGGAUACAGAAACAACUACAGAAGAGUCCCAGGUACCCUGGGAUUGUACAGGAAUUCACCACUGGAUUGGAGUCUCAUAUUGAGGACCCUGAGCGGUUUAGGAACUGCCUUCUUCCAUGUGUCCCACGAUUGUCAGAUGGAGACUCCAGUUGUGGCAGCUCAUUCCAGGAAAGUCUGCUACGCAUGCUGUUGGGCAUUGAGAUACUGCAGACCUUUAUUAUUAACACCUUGCUCGAGAAACUCCCUAAAUUUAUGUUUGAUGGUACUGGAGAUGGAGGGCUCAGUAUUCCUCACACAAUUAUUAACCAGCUUAAAUGGCUAGACAGAGUCGUGGACAGCAAGGAGUUGGCAGUGAAGCUCAUGGAGCUGGUGUCAGUAGCAGCAGUAGAGGUUCAGCGUGACAUCAUCACCAGUCUGCCAGAGAUACUGGAAGACUCCCAGCACAAUGACAUAGCCAGAGAGCUCAACUCUUUACUCCAGGAGAACACUCAGUUAACUGUCCCCAUCCUGGAUGCCCUCUCUAGUCUGAACCUUAGUUACUCACUACUUACUGAGGUCCGUGGAGCUGUUAUGACCACUUUGGCUGCUGUGCAACUUGAGGACCUACCUGUGGUGGUCAAGUUCAUCCUGCACUCUGUCUCAGCCUCUGAUGCAUAUGAGGUGGUGUGUAAUCUUCGUAAAAAGCUGGAGUUGGAGCAGUGUGUUCUCCCUCCUGUGCUGCAGGCCUCCAGGAGCCGCACGAAGAGCAGAGCAUCAGAAGCGUCCACUUCGACACCAGCCGCUGGCAGCAGCCAGGACAGCGUUGCAUUGAUGUUGGACGGCAUCAAGUCAGCAGUCCGAUUCCAGAAAGUGAUAUCUGAGGCUUGGCUCAAGGCAAUAGAGUCUGUGGACGAAGAGGACGGCCAUAAGGUAAUAGAUCUGCUGGUGCUGUUCAUCCUCCAUUCCACCAAUGCCAACCAGAGCCGGUGGGGAGCAGAGAGGGUGCUGAAGGUGAAAGUGAGGGCUGGACUGAUCCAGGACGCUCUGCUCCAGAGGACCUUUAGGGACUAUGCUCAGGUCAUGCGAGGGUAUUUCCCCUCCAUCCUGGCUCUGGCUCAGAGUUUGUUGCGCUCCCCUGACCCCUGCGUGGUGCCUUUUGGUGGACACAUGUACCGACACUCAUUCACUGCUUUUGACUCUUAUUGCCAACAGGAAGUGGUGGGCUCUUUAGUGACCCAUGUGUGCAGUGGAGUGGGGGGGGAGGUGGACAUGGCUCUGGAGCUGCUCUGCGGCCUCGUUACAGAGAAACCUUCAGAAAUGGCCUUGUAUGCUGUUUUUGUCAAGGGAAUCUUGGAGUACAUGGACAACCUCGCACCCCAACAGAUCCGCAGACUCUUCCACCUUCUUAGCAGACUGGCCUUUGGGCAACAGCAGCAGGGAUCUCACAUCCAGGAUGACAUGCACAUAGUGAUCCGCAAACAGCUCUCCAGCACUGUGCCCAAGUACAAGCGUAUUGGCAUCAUUGGUGCUGUCAUGAUUGUAGGCAGCAUGGGGGCCUUCAGGCCUAAAGGGAAAGAGUCACAGAAUGGGUCGUUACCCCCGGAGACAUUCAGACAGGUGACAGCCCUCUUGGAGUUGGUGAAGUCUAGCAGUGAAAGCUCUCCUGAGGCUGCCGCUCUGUACUAUGAUGAACUGGCCAACCUGAUCCUGAGCUCUGCCCUGCACCCACAGGUGCAGCAAAAGAUUGGAAAGAGUGUCCUGGAGGACUUCCAGGAGGACUUUGUGGUGGAUCUAGGGCCAGAAAUACAGAGUCCCUUUCACUUUACGCCCCGUGUGAUGUACAACCUGGAAGACAAGGAAACUUCGGGAAUUGCCAUCAACCUGCUGCCUCUAUUGGCUAAAGACAUGCAGAACAAAGGAGAGCACAGUCAAACUGUCAAGAAGGCGCACAAGCAAGUGUCUCUUCUCUGUCUGUCUCCGUUUUUUCGUCUCCUGAGACUCUGUGAGGACAAACAAAACCAGGGAGACCUGGAUGAGAUCGACGGCCUGCUGGGCUGCCCUCUGAUCCUAAUGGACAUGGAUGUAGUAGAGAAAAUAGAGAGCCUGUCAAAAGCUGAGAGGGAGUUCCUCUGUACUUUGCUCUUUCACACCAUCAAUUGGUUCAGAGAGGUCAUAAAUGGAUUCUGUAAACAAAAAGAAACUGAUAUGAAGAUGAAAGUGAUAACCCGUCUGCAGAACAUCAGCUAUCUUCAGACACUGUUGGAGAGGGCUUUGGCAGGAACACCUGGCUAUGUUCCACCUGUUGCCAACUUUGAUGGAGAAUGCACAGAUGGUGUUCUUCUUAGUUAUGCUGCUCCUGUAAAUAAGGCAAAGAAAGAUGGCACAGGAAAGAAGAGGAAGGCCCCUGGCAAGAAUUCCUCAGAGAGCAGCUCUCAGCUUGAGGAACCAAAUGAAGCAGACAAAACUCAGCAGGAGCAACCAGAAAAGGAAAAAGAAAAGGAGAUCCGACAAGGUGUCAGUCUGGUGUCCUACAGACCAUUUUUCAGGGAGCUGGACAUGGAGGUGCUCGGUGUGCUGCGCAGUGGCUUGCUGUCCCGUUCACUGCUGGACUCAGAACUCCACACCAAGGUGCGAGAAGAGGUUCUGCUGGGUCCUGCUGAGCUGGUGUUCCUGUUGGAGGAUAUGCUUCGCAAACUGGAGUUCAGUCUUACAGCUGCCCCUGCCAAGAGACCCCCUUUCUUCAAGGGAAGGGCCGAUAAGAGCGUGGGUUUUUCCCAUCUACAACAGAAGAGCUCCAAGGAUAUUGCUUCCUACUGUGUCCAGCUGCUGCCCGCCCUCUGCUCACACUUGGAAAACUGCCACAACCAUUUUCAGACACUGCUGUCUGAGAACAACGGCGUUGUGGACGGACCUGCCACAGAUGUUCAGGAGCACGAACUGAUGUCAUCAGGCUACCAGCUGCUCCUGCAGGUCCUGAACACCACCUUCAGCUGGUCUGGAUUCAACCAGCCAGGGCAGCGGAGCUUACUGAAGAAGGCUCUUGGAGUUUUAGCCGAACGACUAAAAGGGGGGGGUAGUGAGUUGACCCUGGAGCAGCUUGUGAAGCACAGCUUUGAGUAUCUGGUGAACUUCGGCAGCACAAUGCCAAGUCUCAGCACAGCCCUGUGUCUCUCCCAGCUUCUGUCCACUGUGUCUGAGAAAGGAGGGAAUCCUGCUGCCUACAGAGAGAACACCGCUUCCCUCGCAAAACAUUUCCUGAGCCAAGACUGGGUGACAGCCAGCGGACAGAAGGAGAGAGGAAACAAAUUCAAUGAAGCCCUUCACACUCUCCUAAGAAUUUAUCUCGAGCACGUUGAUGAUGUUCUAAAGGCAGUGGAGGAAAUAGCACAAGAAGGAAUCACUGAGCUUGUCAAUGCAUCAAAAGAUGAAGGAUCUGCAUCUUGGCCCACGCUCAACAGGCAGACAUUCCUAGUGUUCUACAAAGUCUUGAUGUCAGAGUUGGAAAAGGCCAUCAGAAAGAUUCCUGCUGGCAAAGUCAGUGACAACACUGAGGCUCAGAGUGAGAAGCUGCUGACAUGGAACCUUGCUGUCAGAGAUUUUCAUAUCCUGGUCAACCUAGUUAAGGUAUUUGAUUCUAGGCCGGUGCUCAUUGCGUGCCUAAAGUAUGGCCGCCUUUUCCUGGAGUCUUUUCUGAAGUUGGGGAUGCCACUACUGGACAACAGUUUCAAAAGGCACAUGGAGGACGUCCAGAGCCUGUUAAAAACCUUCCAGCUCAGCACCCGGCAACUCCAUCACAUGUGUGGACAUUCUAAGAUUCACCAGGAUACAAGUCUGACCAACCACGUACCAGCCUUAAAGAAGUGCCUCGAGCAGUUUGUUUACAGAGUGAAGGCCAUGCUAACGCUCAACAACUGUCAGGAGGCGUUUUGGAUUGGCAACCUGAAGAAUCGCAACCUGAAGGGUGAAGAGAUUCUUUCUCAGCGGUCACAAGGAAGUGAGGAGGAGGAGGAUGAUGAUGAGGAGGAGGAGGAGCAGCAAUGUUCACCACUGCCUCAGGACCAGUCAGAGGAUGAGGCGCAGGAGACUGACUCAACGAAGGUCAACAGAGAGGACGAUGUGGAUCAAGAUGAUAUUACAGACGACUCUGACUGAAAGAACCAUCAACUGUUGGUUUUAUUUUAAACUUUUGCAUUUGGGUCAGACCCCCCUUUGUGGAUGACAUUUUUUAUGUUUGAAAUGCCAGUUGUAGUGUCUUUGAAUUGACACUUUUCUAAGUGUAUUGAAUACUGCUACUCAAUGGGCGGUGUUCAGGUUAGGAUCAAUAACACCAGUAUAUAAUUGCAAUAACACUGCAAGCGCAUUGAAAAAAGUUCAUGAGAUGCUUUUAUGUACUUCUACAAGUUUUCUUUUCUGUUGAAGAUAAAACAAACCUAAUAAUUAGGUGUUUUACAUUGGGUAGGGUUGUGAAAAAAGUGCUGAAUGCUUUAUUCUAUGUGUUUGCCGACAAAAUAAAAUAUAGAU